CAUUACAUUCAACUUCUUCGCCAUUUUCUCUCUUUGUGUAGCAUAUUUCGCAAUAGUAAUGUCGCCGCAAAGGAGACUUGAUAUUUUGAAAUCCGAAAAACAUACGCGAAAUAAUAAUGGUUAAACGAGUUUGAUAAUAAACAUAGAUAUUGCGUAUUGCGCGUAUUCGUAUAUUUUGCGCAUCAAUCAUACGUUAUCAACUACUGCACGUCUAUUUCGGCGUGUUUUUCUAUUCCAUCGUAUUACAACUUAACGUAGAUUUCUUAGAGUCACUGAAAAAUGAUGAUGCCAGUUCGUACGCAAAAUAAUAGAGGUUAGGCGAGAGGUUAAUCGGUUUCGGAUAUAUGUACAUAGCUCUUUCACUUAUUUUUCGAAUUUCGCGCAUUAAUCAUAUUAAGCGAACGUUAUCGCCUAUUGCGCGUCUAUUUUCACGCUUUUUUUUUCAUUUUGUCGUAUUACAAGCUGACGUUAAAUACUUGGAGUCAUUGAAUGUUGAUGUCACUGGAAGAAUUAUGACACCCGAGAGAAGAAAAUCAUUUCCGAACGCUGUAAUGGUAAAGAAACGUAAGAUGACAACAAAUAAAAGAAAGAUUACGGCGGCAGCAUCAAGUGUAUCUGUUAAAUCAAACGAAAAACUUCUCAAAGAAAAAUCCAUUUUUCAGUGACAGCGCAGACGAAGAUGGUGAAAAGAAACGAUUCACGUCAAAAAAUGCAAGGGCCAGGAUUACAGCAGAAAGCUCUUCUCUGAGGAUCGUGCCAAUAAGAUCAAAAAGGAUGAUCAAAAGCAUAAAGAAAAUCGUCGUUGCGACAAAAAAGGAAACAGCAAUAACAUUGCGAAAUUAUCCAAGAAACGACGAGUUGAAGUUACGGAGGAAAGAAAAGACAAAGGUGAGCAGUUGCGAGAAAAAGGAAAGAAAAAUAUACAACAGCGAGAGAAGGAUGCACCGGAGCGCGAGAAGACGUACCUGCAGGAAAAGCCAAGGAAUGAUAAUGAGGUACUCGAAGAUGAGAAGAGAGACCGAGAUGCAGCUGACAUGAGCAACAAAGGUGUAGACCGUCGCGAUGCUGACGGCGCAGCUGCAGCGAAAUGUGUCCAGGAUCAAAAGCCUCGACAAUAUGUUAUUGCAGCAGGUCACAGCCGAAACGACGAGCCUCGCAGAAACGUGGAUGCAGGCGCGAAUCAUUUUCAAGAAGAUGAGCCUCCCAGAGGCGUGAGUGCAGCCGGUGAAGACGACGAGCUCUACGGUGGUGAAGAUGCACAUGAUUUCGGUCGCGAUGGUGAAAAUGGCGAGGCUGUUCAGAAUGCGAAUGACGAAUUCGGUAACAGCGAAAACGAUGAGCACCGUAGAGCAGGCGUAGAUGUUCGUGGACAUAACCACAAUGACGAAAUUCCGAGAGGUGCUGCUGCAGGUCGUGACCACGAUGCUGAUAACGAUGAAAAUCAAGACCCGAAUAUAAAGAAUUCGUUGGUAUCCGAUAAACCUGAAGAAGGAAAAUUGCAGCUUACCAGAGGGAUUCAUAUAUACGUGGAUGCAACAGAGCUUAAUUAUAUGAAAAUGAAAUGGCGGGCAAAGCCUGCAGAACUAACUCGUAGACUGGUGAAAUUGAUCGUUGGCAAAGAUAAGUUGAGAGAAAUGACGCCUACAGGACGAGCAAACACUUCGAGUAUUCCCCAAGCAGUCUACAAAGCAGUUUUUAUCUACGUGAACAAGAAACUACCGGAGGGAGAAGAUAAGUUGCAGGAGUCAAAUUAUAGACGGAUUUUAACCAAUAUGUGCAAUACAUUACGAAAUCCGAAGAAAAGCCGUUAAUAUUGAAUUAUUUGCAGUUGAUUGUUUAAAAUAAUUUUCAUUAUCAUGGGUAAAAAUAAUUGUUCUUAAAAUUAAACUAUUACUUACCUUAGCUAAUCUCUUUCGAGAGAAUGCACCAUACAUAUAAGUAUCGACGAAAUUAAAAUCACAAGUUUGGCCGAAACUACCCAGACUAAGUCAAAACGCAAAUUUAGAAAAUUCCCAGAUUUUAAAAAUACAAACGGAAGUCUGAAACGCUCAUCACUUCUUCUUACUGGCCCUUGGUACUUUUUUAAUAUUAGAUUUUAAUAAAAGAAAUAAUAAGUCUAAUAUUUAUUAGAAAAAGUAAUAAACAUUUGCAAAUCUGAACCGUGGAUCCGAAUACAGAUUUGGAAUAAAUAAAAACGGAAGUCUGGGAAAUUCCUAGACUAUGGAAGUAAAAACGGAAGUCUGGGAAAUUGCCAGACUAUGCAAGUAAAAAUGGAAGUCUAGGAAAUUCCCAGACUAUGGAAGUAAAAACGGAAGUCUGGGGAAUUCCCAGACUAUGGAAGUAAAAACGGAAGUCUGGGAAAUUGCCAGACUAUGCAAGUAAAAAUGGAAGUCUAGGAAAUUCCCAGACUAUGGAAGUAAAAACGGAAGUCUGGGGAAUUGCCAGACUAUGGAAGUAAAAAUGGAAGUCUGGGCAAUUGCCAGACUUGAAAAAAUAAAAAAUCAUAAGUCUGGGCAGAAGUCUGGGAAAUUCCCACCAGCCAGACUUCAGCCAGAAAAUUCAGGAAGACUUGAGCAAGAUUUUGCCAAGAUUUAUCCCAGACCAUUUUUUUUAUUGUACAUUUAUUAAAAGGUGUGUCUGAUGAAAAUUUAAUAAAAGCAUAUAUUGAUCAGUGUUAUAAAAGCUGUUCGUCGUUGUUCUCUCACGGUGCCUCGUUCGCAGUUUAAUGUCCUGUCAUAUACGACGCAACUACUGACCGACGCCAAAGUUACGGGAGCAUAGGCUUUGUUCCGGUUGGAUGAGUUGGAUUAGGCCGCGUAUAUCGUUUUCAUUACAAUAAGCCUGUCUUUCCCCUUUGUGCGAAAUAAAGCUCGACGUUGAAAUACUUGCGAGAUUUCCGAGCGACUGUCAUACUUUCUUCCGAAAGCAAGAAACAACCACGAGAGUGGGUAAUUAGAAACCCGGCCUCAAAAAUGCCGCGCGAAAAAGUUGACUCUCUCUCUCUCUCUCUCUCUAUCUCUCUCUCUCACUCUCUCACUCUCUCUCUCUCUCUCUCUCUCUCUCUCUCUCCCCAUCGGUAUAGCGUACAAAUAUAUAUAUAUAUAUAUAUAUAUAUAUAUAUGUGUAGAUGGUGUAUCUGGCAACUCUCUGGCAGUGAGUCUCGCGCUCUCUGAGAAACGGCGAGGAAAUUACGAUCCCGUUGCAGCUGCGGAGCCAGGUAAACGUUGGCGAUAAGUCAAUCAGCCGACUGCAGCGCGCCGGAAGAAUGACUGCAGCGAAAGAGGAAGAGAUAGAGGUAUAGACAGAAAUUGAAACGCUGGGAGAGAGAGAGAAACCCAAAUACAGUUGUGUGUACAAACAGCGCGCAAAGAGGCGCAUCAUCGUCGGGACGACUUUCUUUGUGUUAGAUCUCGCUCUCCUCUGGCCUCGUUCGCUCCUCUCGCGCGCGU